ACCGAUAUAAAACAAAAAUUCCCUUAUAUCCAAACGACGGCACUAAAGCUGAAUUAGAUGAUGAAAAAAAAAUUGGCAUCAAUAAAUACGACUCAAAAUUUUAAAUUCGAAAUCAUUUCAAAGUUCCAAAUUCUAAACGAAAAAAAAUUCAAUUUCAUUCAAUUGAUUAUAAUCAAAACCUUGAAAAUGUUAAUCAAAAUUUUUCUUUGUUCAUUUAUUGGUCUCAUCGUUUUGAUGACCGAAAUUUAUGGGCAAUUAAAUGGAUAUUCAGCAAUCAAAAUAAAACAACAUCAAGGUCGAUCAUUGGAUUUUCUUUCUGAUGUUGAAAGAAAAAAGAAUUCCUUUUUCAAUUAUCUUAAUCAAACAGUGUCGGGAGCAGCUAAUUUUAAUUUGAAUCAACCGUAUCCACCAUUCGAUAGUUUCAAUAAAUUUAAAAUACAAACGUUACAAUAUUUUGAACGAAUGGCUCAAAUGAAACAACAACUUAUUGGACAAUUAAUAUCGGCAUUAAAUAGCACCAUUCCUGAUCCUUGCAAUAAAACAUAUACGACAACAACUCCGUUUUCAACGACGAUGCCAUACGGCGAGAGAAGUACCAGUACACAAAGGAUGCCAUUUUCGACUAGAACGAAUUCGGAUACAUCAUCAACAAGCACGUCCACAAGCACAACAUCAACAACUACAGAAUUUACAUUACCACCAAUUACUUACGUUAUGCCCAAUUCAACCAAUUAA